CGCCCUUCCUACGCAGCUCGGCCAACCUGCGGGCGGGGCGAACGGUGAAGCUCUCCCCGAACAGCGGCGGCGGCUUGUCGCGGGGAGGAAGUGAGGGCACGGGAGAUGGAAACUCGGGCCUUUUUUUUCCCCAGCAACCACCAUAGACACAGCCGCUCUAUGGCCGAAACCGGCGCGGAAGAGGAAGCGCUGCGGGAAGUGAGGCGCUGCCUGGCGGGCUUUCCGGCCGAGGCGAGGGAGUUAUGUUUUACAGAGUCUGUGCCCUACCUUGAUAGCCUUCCAUCCCCCCUCGAGUUCUUUCGAGAAUGGGUGUGUCCAAACAAGCCGUGUAUAAUUCAGAAUGCAAUCAAACACUGGCCAGCUCUGAAGAAGUGGACAUUAGCUUACUUGCGGGACAUAGUGAACUCCAAGUUGGUGAGUGUAGCAGUAACUCCAAAUGGUUAUGCUGAUGCGGUUUAUCAGGACUGGUUUGUUAUGCCAGAAGAACGACACAUGCCUUUCAGUACUUUCUUGGACAUUGUGGAGAAAAAAGUAAUUUUACCUGGAGUAUUCUAUGUACAGAAACAGUGUUCAAACCUGACAGAGGAAUUUCCUGAACUUAUGGAUGACCUAGAGCCUGAGAUACCUUGGAUGAGCCAGGCACUUGGAAAAAAGCCGGAUGCAGUGAAUUUCUGGCUAGGAGAAUCUACUGCAGUGACAUCUUUGCAUAAAGACCAUUAUGAAAACUUGUACUGUGUCAUUUCUGGAGAAAAACAUUUUCUGCUACAUCCACCAAGUGAUCGUCCAUUCAUCCCAUAUGAAAUGUAUCCACCAGCAACAUACCAUAUGUUGGAAGAUGGUUCAUUUGAGGUUGUGGAUGAUAAAACUGCAGAGAAGGUGCCAUGGAUUCCAUUGGAUCCUUUAAAUCCAGAUUUGGAACGAUACCCAGAAUAUGCCCAGACAAAACCUUUGCAAUGCACUGUAAAAGCUGGAGACAUGUUGUAUCUCCCUUCUCUCUGGUUCCAUCAUGUUCGACAGUCACAUGGCUGCAUAGCAGUGAAUUAUUGGUAUGAUAUGGAAUAUGAUCUAAAAUAUUCAUAUUAUCAGCUGUUGGAUUCACUCACAAAAGCCGUGGAACUAAAGUAGCACAGUCAUGCAAUCGGAUCUUGGAACAGCUACCUUUCUACAUUCAAUGUGGGGAUCUAAUUUAUGUUUUUUUUUAAUGAGCUGAACAUGCAUAAUUUAGGAAUGGUCUACCAAAUCAUGACAAAAGACAACUGUUCUGAUGUCAUAUGAACAUUAGAGGAGUGUUCACAAUAAAUCUAGAUUAAAUUAUGCCUUA